AUGGCACUUCGAGCAAUUGGAUCUACUUCAAGCAACCUCUUCAAAGGCAUGUUUGCCAAACCCCACCCCAUUGCAUCCCAAAUCACCAAAACCAAUAGUCCAACAAGCAAUGGCCUAUUCAAGGGAUUAUUUGCAAAACAAGACUCAAUGGACCAAUCAAAACGCACAAUCCUCGACUUUAGCCACUACCACCAAACAACAACAACAACAACCCCAGAUCAACUAGACACUGUGCCAAACAUACUCACCAGAUCAGACAAGGAAAUUGGAGGAUACUCCAACGUUAAUUUUAAAAUAGACCCAGUCGAAAAGUGUGCACAUUUCUAUGGUGACUUGAACUUGGACUUGCCCAAAGAUAACCCCCAAGUAACACGUUCAGGAUACGCAAUGUUUAGAACUAGAGACCAGGCCCAAAGCUGGCUACUGGGUGAAAAUUACUGGGACUGGUCUGAUUUCUCUGCAUUGGUGUUGCGUGUCAAGGGCGAUAGAAGGAAAUACUUGGUUAACAUCCAAGCCAAUACCCCCUUGGUGACUGAUCUUUUCCAACAUCGUUUAUUUUUGAAUCAUCCAGGACAAUGGGAAACCGUUGUUAUCCCAUUAAACGACUUUGUCAUGACCAACUGGGGUGUCAUUCAGGACAACUCUGAAUUGAACAAACUGGAAAUAAAGACUAUUGGUAUUGGCUUGUUGGAUAAACAGUACGGCCCAUACUCAUUAAAGAUUGACUGGAUCAAAGUCAUGACUGAUGAAGAAGUGGAAAAACAGGUUUGUUUGCAAUAA